UCGCUAAACCGGCUUCCAAGAUGAAGCUCUUAGGUUGGAUGCAUCGAAAGCUACGGAGUAAUAAUGACGUGUUCAAAGAGUUCAACACCGGAGGAGGUGGGGCCUGCAAUUGCAUCACUGCGCUUGCCUCGCCUGACGCCGACCAUGAGUACUUCGCCGGCGACGAGGCCUUCGACGCCGCCCACGCUUCGCCGGCGGUCACCGCCGGCGACCUGUUCACGCUGGGCGGCAGCGGCCUGCUCACCAUCGGCACGCUAGGCAUUGCCGCCGUCGCCAUCCCCGGAGACAUCGACGACGAUGACUACGACGUGGACGACAUCGACUUCGAGGUGGAAGGCAGCAACUGCACCGUCGGAGACGACGCCGACGGCGCCGUCACGCCCACCUUCACCUUCCCCGUGGCCGCCGCGGAGGCCGCCUCCGCCGUGGCCACCGUGGAGAAGGCGGUGGCCGCGGUCGAGGCGAUCGCGGAGAAGGACGACGACACCACCACGGAGGACGACCUCAUGGUGGUGAGCGCCGAGCUGGAGAAGGUCCUCGGCGGCGACGUGGCGUCGGCGCGGGUGAGCUUCGCCAUGGGCGUGGACUGCCCGCUCCAGGGCUUCCUGUUCGGCUCCCCGGUGAGCGACGUCGAGUCGCGGCCGGACCAGCCGCCGAGGGAGUCCUACGGCGGCGGGCGGCGCACCUCCCUCGGCGAGCUGUUCAUGCGCACGCGCUUCGCCGAGGAGAAGGUGGCGCUCGUCGCCGUCGAGGAGGGCGAGGACGGCUUCGGCGACGGAGCUGCUGCCGGCGCAGACAGGGAGGAAGGGAGAGCCGGGAAAGGCGACGGCGGCGGCGGUCACAAGAUGAUGAAGAAGAGGAGGGUGAAGGACGAGAAAGGCGGCGGCGGCGGUGGAACGCCGGCGACGGUGACCAAGAGCAAGUUUCAAAAGAUCCUUCAAAUCUUCCACAGGAAAGUCUACCCUGAGAACACGCUCCUCACAAGGAACCUGACCAAGAAGAGCCACCGCAAGCGAGGAGACUCCUCCGACAACAACAACGGCGGCGGCGGCGCCGCGGCCACCGGUUACCCCGCCGACGAGCCGGCCCUGGGCUCGCCGGUGCUCCGGUGCCGGAAGGACGUCCACCUCAUGAGGGGCUUCGGCUGCUGCACCAUCGGCGCCUUCGGUGCGUCGUCGCCCAGCUGCAACGGCGGCGAGAUGAACGGCAGCAGGAGCGGCCACUGGAUCAAGACCGAUGCCGACUACUUGGUGCUGGAAUUAUAAUGUGGUUCAGGGGUGAAUGGAGUUCAAGAAAAGUGAGAAGCUGUUUCUUUCACCAUGAAUUAAGCAAGAACUAAUAGUGAGUAUAUCAUAUAUAUGUGUAUGUGCUUGCUUUCACAAUUAAUCCUUAUCUGUUUGGUAUAGACUGCCCUGGAUAUAAUGUGCUGUAUGUGACUAUAUUUGUGUCACCACCAUAUAAAGGGGGGGAUAAGAUUACUGUGGAAUCAACUCAUAAGUGUGUGAUGUUACAUAUUGCUCUGUGAAUGUAUGACAGAGAUCAGAACUUAAAUGUAUUGUAUGCUUCUUGA